GGGGACAGCAGUAUGCGGUCGCUAUUCGUGCGGCGCGGAUUACGUAUUAGAGUUGUCUUCUGCUACGGGCAGGCCUCGUUUGUUGGUUCGUUUCGUUCCAAAGCUUUUUUCUCAAAAAAACUUGUAACGCGGGAUACACUGGUCGGUGGACAGUUCAUAAAAUGCUACCGCGAAGGUAGUGGCAAGAUCAAUCAUGAUCAACAUGGUUUUGGUGGAGCUGUCGUUCUAGAAGGUUGGCCGAGAUCGCUGGGGAGACGAGAGACAGAAGGGAGGAGGACCAGCUCGGUCUUCGCAAGAAAUGGGCAAGAAGGGUUCUAAGCGAAAAACACGAUGGAGAACUCUCAGCAUUGGCACUCCACCCGGCGAAGAGGACGAAGAAGACGGAUUACGGAAUGGAUUCUUGAAGGGGCAGGAGAAUGAGACGAACACGCACAGCUUUAGUCGGCAGAGCGGAUACAAGCCGCGUAGAAGCGGAAGUAGCGAUGGUGGCGCGUACGCCGGUAGCGCGGCACGGCACAAGGACGAUACGAGCGGUUCACCGUCCCAGCCCAAGAUUAUCUUCAACGAGGACGAGUACACGAGGAUCACGACACCCCGUCAGGACAUGCUGUUCAAAAAGGGUUAUCUGUCGAGGAAGAAACCUUGGACAGGGAACGCGAACACCAGCGCGACGUCCUCGACAACCGAGAGCCAAUCGGCGUCUCAUUCCACUGCAGGUAGAGAUGGUAGCGAAACGACCGAGGAUCAACAAUUGUUAGACAGGGACUGUGGUACCGGCGAGUAUCCACCGGUGAUGGAUUCCAGCGCCCAAUUGGGCUAUGGGACGUUUUAUGACCACAUGGGUGGUUACUAUUACGAAUAUCCUGUGAUGUUGGUUGGUCCAGCACCGAUGCAAUCUCAAGUUGCACCGAGUGUUUUGGCGGCCGUGCCUUGUGCACCUGUGCCUCUUAGGCCCAUUGAAUGGAUUAAUCCAACUUACGUGCCCAAACUGCCUGAUCAACCGUAUUGUAUAAUGAAUUACGAGAACAAUCAAAGUAUGGAGAGUAGUAGGGUGGUGAUGGAAGAGGAAGGGAACGCGAUUCUAGCAACGGAGAACUCGAAUGGAAUGAGCAACGAGAGCGGGACAGGUAGCACGAGUUGCAGCGGUAGUAUGGCCGGGGAGACGGAGGAACAAGGCAUAGAGUUUAGCAACGCGAAGGAGGAAGAGCGGGCGGACGAGCAGAUGGAGGAGCAGAUGGAGGAGCGAAUGGAGGAGCGAUACGGGGAGGAGGAGCAACAGCAGGCGGAGGAGCAACCGUUGGAGAACGGUGGCGGCCCCUAUUUUGAACCGAUGUUGAUGCAGCAACCGGUACACGUGUCUCACGUGAUACCAGCGAUUCCUCAGCCUUACAUGUACCCCGGCCACUACAUGUUCGGCCCUCCUUUGAUCAACGUGAAUGGUUAGUUGACAGAGAAGAGCGAGCAAGAAGACUGUUGCGCGUAGAAAAGAAAGAAAAAGGGAACGGUCUUCCUCGGCUCUCCCUCGGCUAUUCUUCUGUUUUCUUUCUAUUUAUUCUCUAUUCCUUGCUACCUGUUAUCGCCAACAGAGAGUUACCCUUGCUCCAUUUGCUAUCGCAUGUCUAGCCGCGGAUUUUUCUUUCGCUCUUUCUAUCUCUCUCUCUCUUGUAGCUUUGGUUCUGUUCAUGGACGGAUGGACGGAACAACGGACGAACAUGCCAAGGUUGUUUUUCUUCCGGCUUAAGAGAGAAUCUGCGCACUUCGGGGAGGGAGCACCGCGUUCUUGUGUAAUCCGCUUCCGACUAACACGAUCAUUUUUUCGACUGUUUAUUCACGCUGAUGGGGAAUUUUCUUUAUCGGGGGAUUGAUUUUUACCUCUAUUUAUCUAUUCUUUUUAAGUCAAUUUUAUUCGCAUAGAUAAAUAAUAAAACAAUAAUCUUGGGUGGGUAUGUUUGAGGAUUUUGAUUUAAAUUCAGUUCGAGGGGAAGGUUUGAUUGGAAAGUUGACAAUUUUUCUUCAACGACAUUUUACGUUUCAUUUUACGACGAAGCUAUCGACAAGCUAUCGCUCGAUAAGAAAUUGUUGAAAAA